CUCCCCCUCAAGACGCCGCUCACCCCCCGUCGCGAUCGACCCCACCCAAACGAUGUCGCAGCAAAAGGGAAAGGCCUCGGGCGCCAGCAAGGGCAAGAAGUCCGGCAAGGCUGGCGCCGAGGGCAAGCGCGAGGAUGUCUUGCAGGCCGUGAUCAUCACCGACUCCUUCCAAGACAGAUUCGCUCCGUUUUCAGUAGAGAAGCCAAGAUGCCUCCUCCCCCUUGCAAACACGCCACUCAUCGAAUACACCCUCGAGUUCCUUGCCAUGAACGGCGUCCAGGAGGUCUAUAUCUACUGCGGCUCCCACUCGGAACAGAUCGAGAACUACAUCAACACAUCGCGGUGGUCGCCCAUGUCCAUCCGUACCCCGUUCACGAGUCUGCAGUUCAUCCGUGUCUCGGACGCCCGCUCCAUCGGUGAUUUCCUCCGUGACCUCGAUGGACGCGGCAUCAUGGACGGCGACUUCAUCGUCGUCCAUGGCGACGUCGUCUCCAACAUCUCCCUCGACGGCGCGCUGGCGGCGCAUAAGGCGCGCAAGGAGGCCGCCGCGACAAACAUCAUGACGGUCGUCCUGCGAUCGGGCGGCCCCGAGGAGCACAGGACGAAGCCGAACGGCAUCAACCCGGUGUUUGUCAUCGACUCCAAGACGAAGCGUUGUUUACACUACGACGAGACAAAUCCCCUGCAGAGCGACCACUAUAUGACGCUCGACCCGGCCGUCAUCGACGAGCUUUCGGCCGACUUCGAGAUCCGGGGCGACCUGAUCGACGCUGGCAUUGACAUCUGCACCCCCGAGGUGCUGGCGUUGUGGUCCGAGAGUUUCGACUACGAGCUGCCGAGGAGGAAUUUCCUACACGGCGUUCUGAAGGACUGGGAGCUGAACGGCAAGGCCAUCUAUGCCGAGGUCCUCGAGGAGGGCUACGCCGCGCGCGCGAGCAACCUCCAGAUGUACGAGUCCAUCAGCAAAGACGUCCUCGGCCGCUGGACCUUCCCCUUUGUCCCCGACUGCAACGUCAUCCCGGGCCAGACGUACAAGAUGACGAGCGGCGCAGUCUGCGUGGAGGACGGAACCGUCAUGGCGCCGGACAGCACGAUUUCGAGAUCCAUACUCGGCCAGGGAGCCACCGUCGGCGCCGGCAGCAGAGUGUCGGGCAGCAUCGUCGGCCGGCGGUGCAAGAUUGGCAACAACGUCCGCAUCGAGGACAGCUUCAUCUGGGACGACGCCGUGAUCGAGGACGAUGUAGUCAUCACCCGCUCCAUCCUGGCCGACUCCAGCAUCGUCGGCAAGGGCUCCACCGUCGACGCCGGCUCGCUUCUCUCCUUUGGCGUCACCCUCGGCGAGAAGAGCAAGAUCCCUGAGGCCACCGUCCUCGCAGUCACCGCACACAACGGCAGCCCUGUUGCGCCAGACGCCGCACUCGUCGGCCCCUCAGGCAAGGGCGCGCGCUACGUCGACCCAGAGGCCGAGGACAUCGAUGACGAGGACCCCUCGACCCUCCAGCGCUCCCUCAUCUACAACCUCGCCCACCUCUCGCUCUCCACCUCGACCAUCUCAACCCUCUCCUCCGACGUAGGCGACGACGACGACUCGGACGCCGGCUCGGCCGUCACCCCCUUCUCGGCCGACGCGCGUAAUCGCGCCGACUCGUUCGUCUCGGACGACUCCCAGGGCAAGUCGGGCUUCCACCACGACGCGGUGCACGGCCUCCUCGACGCGCUCCGCGCCGAGUCAGGCGACUUCGACUCGGCCAAGCUCGAGUUCAUGGGCCUCCGCCUUGCCAACGACGCAUCGGACGUGGCCAUGCGCAAGGCCGUCGCCAUCGCCUUCGCCCGCCGCGCCGCCGAACUCCUCGAGCCCGAGCACGGCGGCCUCGAGCCGCCCAAGGCCGCCGACUCGACCUUCAACUCGAGCAAGGGCGCGUCCAAGUUUGUCUCCGAGGUGGGCGUCGGCGGCGGCGAGGCGGAGCAGGUCGACUUCGUCCUCGCGCUGCAGCACGCUCUUCUUGGCUGCCGCAACCUCGAGCACCACCGCGCCGGCGUCCUGCUGGCCGCCAUGCUGCAGCAGCUGUACGGCCUCGACGUCCUUGAGGAGGAGGGCAUCCUGGCCUGGUGGGAGGACGCACGCGCCGACGAGGGCGAGGGUAUGUCGGCACUCAAAGAGAAGUGCAGGGUUCUUGUAGAGUGGCUGGAGAACGCCGAGGAGGAGGACGAUGAUGAUGACGACUCGGAUGAGGACGACGAGUAGGUCUUGGCGUCCCGUUCUGUUUCUGAGGAGCUUUAGAGGAGGGGAAACAAGAAGAAGGAGAAAAACUAUCAGGUCCCGCGCGAGAGGUGGAAGGAUAGAUAGCGCUGGCAGCUUCGAGAAUCGGCGCGUUCUGGAGAGGACUCAGGAGGAUUCCAAAAGUGUCCUUCCGGACUCAGGACUGACUCUUGACUGAAUGGAAAAGAAAGGAAGACAAAAAAACAGACACGGUAGAAACUUAUAAAAAAAAGGAACAUGUUAAAAACAAAAAACUCAAGCAACAACUUGCAACGAGGACCUGCCGCGCCCCUUUCGACGCUUUGGUCGGACGGAGGGAACGGUCGGAUCGGAUGUCACAUUGCGACGCGACGCGACGAGACCACGGGAGCUCAAAUGAGCCUUGCUCAUAGUUGCGAGGUACGAAGGUAUCGAUCGGUAUCAUGUCAAGAAGAAAAGAAGUAUAGCCUCCAGGACGCCUAGCUCGCCUGCCCCCCAAAAAAAAGAAGUGCAAAUCCGCCCCCACUCCCCCUUUGUCACAACCAUCCGUGUUUUCCCCUAUUUUAUUUAAGAAUCCCUUGCUCGGUCGCCGUGUUCUUUUUGCUUUCUUUCGAUGCCUUGAAGCGAACAUCUCCUCCCCCACUCGCGCGUUGGUGUUUUUACAUGAUCCGUGGAAUGCGUGGAUGCUAUCGCGAUCCCAUAGAACGAAGCUCAACUUUGCUCCAACCUUUGGAUCCUCCAGCUUGACGGCGCAAAUAGUCACCGACUGAUGGCGCAGAUCGCUCCUCU